AAAAAAAAAAUAGGGCAAAAAAAAAUCCAAAGGAUAUUUGACAGCCUCUUUGACCCAUUGCAAGAAAAGACAAUAUGAAUUCUAGAUCUCUAAUUAUAAUCGGAAUUACUUGUAUUUCCAUGUGCUUCUCAGGAGUGUCUUCAGAAUGUAACAUGGGAGAGAUGUCCAAAUGUUUUGAGGGGUUUGUAAUGCCAAAUAUGGAGUCAUUGUCAAUGCAAGAUUUACAGACCAUGUGCGCAUCGGUUAGAGGUGUGAAAAGCUGUAUUGAGCCAUACAAAAGUGCUUGUGCAGCAGAUUCAACCUUUCAGUCGAUGAUGAGCGGUAUGACUCUGGCUGCUGGGUAUUGCGGAGAUUCUGGCUGCAAUUUAUUGAAAUGCUUCUCUGAUGCUGGGAUUAAUUUGGACAAUACUGGGGGUAGCUCAAAAAAAAUAAGUUGUGGGGGUUAUAUGCCAUUGAAAAACUGUGUAGAAAGCCAGAAAAAGGCCUGUCAGCAGAACCCAGCUUACGCAGAUGUUCAGGAUUCUCUCAAGCAAGCGGAAAAAGCGUGUGGCUCUCCAGGUGGCGGAAUCUCAGCUACCCCGGCCUUGUGGAUGGUUUUCUCAGCUGCCAUGAUGGUGUUAGCAGCCAUGUUUCCAUAAACCAACAAAUUACCUACCACUUUUUUAGUGGACAUCAGUCAUUCCAGAUGUGAAUUAUUGGAAAAAACUGAAAGGAAACAAGAUCAAAAUUAUUAUCUAGAGUUAUGCGCCUUCAUUGCUAAGUGAUUUUUUUUCAGGGGUACUUGUGUGAUUUUAUUUUACUUGGAAGAUUGAAGUAUGUAUAAGAAUUUGUUCAAGUUAAUUGGAUACGAUGUCUGUAAUUAAUAAAUUUCGUUUAAAAAGUUUAUAGAAAUAAAUGGAUUUACAGUUCAUUAAAAGAUUUUGGUUUGAAGCAAAAGUGAUUCAUUGAUGACGAGGGUAU